AUGGCUACUCAAGGCUUGGCAGAUGGUUCGGUGGUUUUUCUGUCCUACUCCCUUUCACAUACGGUGGCCGGUGUUCCGAUCUUGGUGAUGUGGGUGAUGGAUUGGGAUGGGAGGCAGUUGGAUCCCAAUAUGCUUUCCUUCCAGAGUUUCAGGCGGUGUUGCCGUCCUCUUCUUGGUGGCUUCGAUCUGGUUGUUUGGGUGAAUUCUUGUCGGGUUUGCUGGGUUUACAAUUUGGGGCUCUUGAUGGGUGGUGACGCUCCGUUGACGGCAUCUAAGAUCGACUUUGACGUGUUUCGGGUGGUGCGACGUGGUUCUGGCGAUGCGGUUCUGAUAGAUAGAACAUGGAUGGUUGCGGAUAGGAGAUCUCGUGAAUAUAAGUUAGGGGUGAUUCAGUUCUGUAAGUUUGCCUUGUAUAAUGCUAGAGACCUCAAUCACAUUAGCUGUCCUUGCACAAAGUGUGGAAAUGUAGAAUAUUUUUCAAGUUCAGUAAUUAGGGACCAUUUAUUUAUAAAUGGAAUUGAUGAGAGUUAUGAUAAAUGGAUUGAUCAUGGGGAGGCUGUAGUGGAUUCAGGAACAGAUGAAGAUACCAAUAGCAUGGAAUAUGAUUCAGAUCAAUCUGAGUCUGUGCAGUGUAAUGAGGGGGCAGAAUAUGAAGUAGAGUUAGGUAGUGACAUGGAGUUGGAAGAUGAUGAGGAUGAAGGGCUUUCAAAUGAGUGUAAUGAGUUUAGACAGUUUGUUGAUAAUGCCAAUAAACCGUUAUACCCGGGUUGUGAUAGGCACACAAAGUUGAAUGUCCUUGUAAGCCUUUACAACUUGAAAGCCAAGCACGGUAUGAGUGAUAGUGCUUACUCUGAUUGGUUGAUUACCUUUGCAGAGUUUCUUCCAGUAGGCAAUGAGAUACCUGCCUCUGUGUAUGACGCAAAGAAGACCUUGAGUGCUCUAGGAAUGGAUUACACUAAAAUUCAUGCUUGCCCAAAUGAUUGUAUUCUGUAUAGAAAAGAGUAUGUUGAUGAAACUAAAUACCCUAGAUGCGGUCUUUCAAGAUGGAAAAUAGGUAAAAACUCCAAAGAGAGGGAUGGUGUACCUGCAAAGCUUAUGGUAACCUUUCUGGGAGUAUUGUUAAGGGGUAUAAUGCAUGCCCUAUUUGCCUUGAAAAAAACAAAACCUACAAGGCUAGUUAAUGGAGGGAAAAUGGCAUACAUUGGGCAUCGAAGAUUUUUAGGCAUAAACCAUCCCUAUCGAAAGCAGAAGGCUGCCUUCAACAACUUCCCUGAGCAUUCACCUCCUCCUGUGCCUUUGACUGGUGAAGAAGUAUUGUGUAGGGUAGAGGAGGAAGUUGAAAAGUGGCCUUUUGGGAAGAAAUAUCCUCAUCCUCCAUAUAAGGGUGCCAAGGAUGAAACCAGGCCUUGUUGGAAGAAAAGUGGCCUUUUGAACUUGAUUAUUGGAAAUUUCUACCGGUUCGGCACUGCCUUGCUGUGA